AUUAAUUUGUACGAAAUGACAGCUGAGUUCCUGACGUAUUUUAUUUUCAAAGCAAACCUUUUUUUAGACCUCCUUCUUCCUUCUCACUCAGCAGAUACACCUCCAACAAUAAUAUCAAUUUCUUCAACCAUGUCUGCGGUGACUCUGUUUCUUCUCUUUCUAGUAUUCACACUCACAAUCCACACAAAACCAUCAAAUUCAGCUUUAGACUCCUUCGUCUAUGGAGGCUGUUCACAGCUCAAGUUCACCCCAAACUCACCUUACGAGAACAACCUCAACUCGCUCCUCACUUCCCUGGUCAACUCGGCCACCUUCACCACUUACAACAAUUUCACGAUCCAAUCCCCCUCCUCUCAAGACAACACCCUCUACGGCCUCUUCCAAUGCCGCGGCGACAUCAACGGCGGAGACUGUUCCCGUUGCGUCGCACGUGCCGUCACUCAACUCGGUACACUCUGCCUCGACUCAACAGGGGGCGUGUUGCAACUCGACGGGUGUCUCGUCAAGUACGACAACGCUACGUUUUUAGGCGUGGAGGACGGGACUGUGGCGUUGAAGAAAUGUGGGCCGUCGAUUGAGUAUGACUCUGAUUCGUUGACAAGGCGUGAUGCGCUGUUGGAUUAUCUUGCGGCGGUUGAUGGAUCUUACAAACCGUACAGAACCGGUGGGUCGGGUGACAUGUACGGUUACGCGCAGUGCGUUGGGGAUCUGAGCGGGAGCGAGUGCCAGGAUUGCUUGUCGGAGGCGAUCCAACGGUUGAAAACUGAUUGUGGGCCCACCGCUGCGGGGGACAUGUAUUUGGGUAAGUGCUACGUGCGAUUCUCGAAAGGUGGCGCUCACUCUCACGGCGGAAAUGACAAGAACCACAAUGAUGAUGAGAUUGAGAAGACACUUGCAAUCUUAAUUGGACUCGUCGCUGGGGUGGCAUUGCUCAUCAUGUUUCUUUCUCUCCUAAUAAAAUUUUGUGGGAAAGGAAGGAAAAGGUAAAUAGUCUUUUGCUUUUGGUGGCCCUUUUGCUUUCCCUUUUUCAAGUGUCUUUCAAUACUUCCCUCAAUGAGAAGAUAUAAAGAUGAUAAUGUUCAUGGACAAAGGUACCAUGAAACUAGCAAAAGAAAAAGAAAAAGGCUCUAGAGAUUCCAAAAUCAUCCUUACAUGCACCCACUUAAUAUUUUUAGUUUUGUCUUUUAUUUUGUGUACAAAUAGUGAUGAACACUUUAUGUCUUAAAAAAGUGAUUCUUGUGAUUAUAUAUGUAUAGUUAUUACCUUUGAUGGAGUGUUGUUUGUCAAAGCUUUAGCUAUAAUUUUCUAUUAGAGGUGGCAAAAGUUUGAUUAAAUCCUAAAAGCUAUAGCUAUAAUAAAAAUAUAUGAUAGUUCUCAUGUCA